GUGAGCGAAAUGCAAUAAUCGCACUUAAGGCUUCGCAAUUCGCGAUUAAUUAAUAUCGGCGAGGAUGGAAUAAAGGUGGAAUUUCUUUCGCUGAUCUGCGCAAAAAAAUCCAAUCUCUCUGCUGAACUCGGGCCGUCGAUAGACGACGAAGAAGAGGAAGAAAAAAAAAGUGUCAAGCCGCCUGCUGUUGUUACUGGCUGCGCGCGUAUAUAAGAAUGUGGCAUUUCAAAAUGGCUGCCAGCUAUUCUAGUAAUUUACGGCCGUGUCUGCCUUUGUUGUCGCGCGCGUGAAUCGCGAAAUUUCUCGCGCUGCGCCCGCCGGAGGGACCCCGAAGAGAUCGGCCGAGGACGGGAACCAGGUCCAUCCGACUCCGACGACCGAUUCCUCGCGCGCAAGCACGCAGUGAUGCUGCUAUACACGCGCGUACGCAUGUGUAUACGUUCACCCGUCUUCUCUGGAUCUGUAGCUGGACGUCGCCCAGGAGGCAGUUUGGCCCGUUUUUAUAAAAAUCCAGACGCUCUAGGUCGCGCCGCACCUUGUCCAGGUCGCACCAGUCUCCGCUCGCCGAGCGACAGAGCGAACUUAAAGGCUACAUGAGCCAUUUGGAAAAUAUAUGCUGGGAACAACUGCUGCUUCUCACCAUUAUUAUCACUCUAUCGGGGAAGCUCCGUUCUGUGGAAUCUCUCCUCCUCCUCCUCACAUUGUAGCAUCUUUCGAUCACGUUUACGUUAAACUUUGGGUCUCUUCUGGUUUAUCAUCAGCAUCUUCGUCCAGUUCCUUUGAUCACAGUAUGCCCAAGAUAGGUUAGCCAUUUCUCAGCAAUGGCUUAUCUUCGCGUGGCAGGAAGAUGCCGAAAAACAAAUGCCUACGCCUCCUGCCUUCGCAUUUUCUUCGUCGAUCUAACGAGGUGGACGACCGAGCGAAAUCGUCUCUUGUAACGGUGUGAAGAAGCAUCGCUUGUUUUCGACCGAGUUUGAUGAGGGUCCUUUUUUUCCUACGAGUAUACGUUUUGUAUUAUAUUGUGAUGUAGAUAUCAUCAUUUUACGUUUACCUUGAUUGAGGAACGUCUAGGGACGACGGUAAUCCCUCGAGUCUGAGCGUAUCUUGAACUGAGUUAGCAAUAUCCUGGUUAGCUGCAUCUCCAAUCAUGACACUGGAAAACAUCCGCGGCAGGGUGAAUUAGCAGUGAUCUAUACAUUAAUAUAUGUCACAACCAGAUUAAAGCUAGGUCCUAAAAGGCCUAGCAUGGGCCACUAUGAAUCCACCUGUGGUCAACAAAUCGAGCACUCGCGGCUCUGGAUAUCACCAGAAGGCGUUAGCUGAAAUUCGCAAUUCGUUACUACCAUUUGCAAAUAUCGGCGGGGUUGGAGAGGUGGGUUCCAGUGCCGCCAGCACCAUCUCCACCGUAUCCACGACCAGCGGCAUCAGCUCCGCUUCAGGUCUUAGUGGACUCUCAGGCGCGUCCGGCUCCAACGUCGAUAAACCGGAGCAGCGACAGGCGUUAGGCCAAUUAUUAGCCAUGGGGUAUUCGGAGGAAACAGGAUUGCGCGCCAUGAAGUUCACGGGAUGGCGAUUGGACGCAGCGAUAGAGUACUUGAAGCAGACCCAAGUGGAAUCCUUAAACGGACUCGGUAAACUCAACACCAAACUCAUCAGGAAGCCGAGUUUGGAGAGGGAAUUGAGUCUGCAGCGCGGUAGCCCCGCGUUGGAUAGUGGCGCCGGCAGCUCGCGAUCCGACAGCCCGCGUCUUACGGACAUUGGCGCGCAUCCGCAGCUGAGUCGUCAAUACUCGCCGAAUAAUUUUGCGGAGCGCGAGCCACCGCCACCGCCGCCGCCCCGAUGUAGCUCCACGCCGCCGCCACCGCCGCCGCCGCACGCGCCUUACAGUCAGCCGAACGUGCCCACCAACAUGCAACAGAUGUUGAAACGAAUGUCACCGGCGCCGGUCGUGCCGACGAGGCCGUCCGGAGCGACGACGUCCGGCACGGUCGGCGGCGCCACGUCAACAUCGGCGAAUCCGCCGCAGCGUGGCACCAGUCCGGUGGCGAGUGUCAACAACACCGGCAGUCGUCAGCCGAUGAUCGUGCAAAACGGUCCCCAGGUGCAGCAGCAGCUGACGCAGCAGAUGCAGGCCCUCAGCAUUUACCAGACAAGCAAUAGCAACACGAGUACGCAGAUCGAACCACCGCCACCGUAUCCCAUAGGUUCGUCCUCGUCGGCCGGUCAACCGGUACAGCCGCCUUCUUAUAGCGUCUCCAUGCAGAAUCGACAGAGUCCCACGCAGUCGCAGCAGGAUUACCGCAAGAGUCCGUCCUCGGGCAUCUAUUCGGGCCCGACAUCUGCUGGUACGCCCAGUCCCAUCACCGUGUCCACGAUAUCGCCCAACAACACGCAGACGUCGAUGGCAAGACCGACCCCGUUGCAAGCGUGGGGCGCGCGACAGGCGAAGACGCAACCGCCGAUCAUCAUGCAGUCGGUGAAGAGCACCCAGGUGCAGAAACCCGUGUUGCAGACCGCGAUCGCGCCCACGGCGCCGCAGCCGAUUUCCAGUACUAACAGCACCCCGCCACCACCGCCCUCUUAUGCGUCCUCCAUUCAGCAGAAGCAACAGCAACAGCAACCACUGCCCGCUUAUCCACCCGUCAACAAUGUACCCGCGCCGUCCGCCAAUAUCCCGACGACGGAGCCGCCGAGUUACGCCACGACGAUGCAGGCAUUGGCGGCGCAACGUGGAAUACAUCAUUCGUUGCCGCCGCCGCCUUACAGCACCCCAACCGAGGAUCCGUCGAUCGUGUCCUCUACGAUGGAGAGCGGUAGCGCGCCUCGAUCUUCCCCGAUCGCCCAUCAUCCGCCACUCCAGAGGAAAUACUCGCCGGUCGACAACUGUCAACACGGGAUGGUGGACGCGCCAUCUCUACCGCCGGUCGCCUCGACCUCGAUGUCGUCGUCGGUGAGGAACAAUAAUCACUCGUCCCUGCCCGAAGGCGUCGCCGUGGUCACCGCGACUGGUACUAAAGGCGGUGGUACCGGUAAAGGCGAUCACGGCGGCAAUUCGCCUCUGUCCUACAAGAUCAAGCACCAGUCCCCCAUUCCCGAGCGGAAGACCAUGAGCAUAGAAAAGGAGGAGGAGCGUAGGGACUGCAAGGUGAGAAACUACUCGCCCCAGGCCUUCAAGUUCUUCAUGGAGCAGCACGUGGAGAACAUACUCAAGUCGCACAAGCAACGUCUCUACCGGCGUAUGCAGCUGGAGACGGAGAUGGCGAAGAUCGGCCUGAGCGCGGAGGCGCAGUGCAUGAUGAGGAAGAUGCUGUCGCAGAAGGAGUCCAAUUACAUCAGGCUGAAACGGGCGAAGAUGGACAAGUCGAUGUUUACGAAGAUCAAGCCGAUCGGGGUGGGCGCGUUCGGCGAGGUCACCCUCGUCAGAAAGCUCGACACGAAUCAGUUUUACGCGAUGAAGACCUUGCGGAAAGCGGACGUGUUGAAUCGCAAUCAGGUGGCCCACGUGAAGGCUGAGCGCGACAUUCUGGCCGAAGCCGACAACGAGUGGGUCGUUAAGCUGUAUUACUCGUUCCAGGAUAAGGAUAAUCUGUACUUCGUGAUGGAUUAUAUACCCGGCGGCGAUUUGAUGUCGUUGUUGAUCAAGCUCGGGAUCUUCAAGGAGCCGCUGGCGCGAUUUUACAUCGCCGAACUUACGUGCGCGGUCGAGAGUGUUCACAAAAUGGGAUUUAUUCACAGAGACAUUAAACCGGACAACAUAUUAAUCGAUCGUGACGGACAUAUCAAAUUGACUGAUUUCGGCCUCUGCACAGGAUUCCGUUGGACUCACAAUUCGAAAUAUUACCAGCAAAAUGGUCAUGGUAAACAAGAUUCGAUGGAUCCAGCUGACGAUUGGAACAACGAAUGUCAAUGCAUACAAUUAAAGCCAUUAGAACGCAGGCGACAUAGAGAACAUCAAAGAUGUUUGGCGCAUUCUUUGGUUGGAACACCAAACUAUAUCGCACCAGAGGUUUUACAGCGUACAGGAUAUACACAGUUAUGCGAUUGGUGGAGUGUAGGAGUAAUUUUGUAUGAAAUGUUAGUUGGUUCUCCACCAUUUCUUGCCAAUACGCCUGCAGAAACUCAAUAUAAGGUGAUUAAUUGGGAAACGACGCUUCAUAUACCGAAACAAGCCAAUCUGUCGCAAGAAAGUACGGACUUAAUACUGAAACUUUGUGCCGACGCGGAUCGUCGCUUGGGCAAAAACGCAAACGAGGUGAAAAAUCAUCCGUUCUUCGCGAGUAUCGACUUCGAGAAGGGAUUACGACGCCAAAUGGCCCCGCAUAUACCUCGUAUAGAAUAUCCGACCGACACGAGUAACUUCGAUCCCGUCGAUCCCGAAAAGUUACGCAACUCAGAAUCGUCGGAUUCAAACAAAUCGGAUGAAUUGCUGGACAAUGGCAAGCCAUUUCACGGCUUCUUCGAGUUCACAUUCAGACGUUUUUUCGACGACGGCGGUGGUCCUGCGUAUCCUAGUCGAAUCAGUUUGGACGACAACGAUAAUCAAGGUCCUGUUUACGUAUGACAUUAGGCUAAGCUUAUAUACGAUUUAUAUAUGUGAGCACUUUAUUGCUGCCUAUAUUAUUUUGCCGUUUGAAUACUUCUAUCUACCGUUCAUCAUUUUCUCCGUUCGACAUUUUUAUAGCUUGACAUGAUUUACCACGUCCAUAACAAUUUUGCUCUUUUAGACACACAUUUUAUUAUACUCCACCUUGCCAUAUACAUUUGACGACUUUCUAUCCGAUAUUUAAAAUAUUGUAGUAAUAAUACUACUUUGAGUAGUAAAUACUACUGUCAUAAUGACUAAAGUUAGCUUCUCGAUUGCAAAGAAGGUAUAUUAUACAUGUAGAGUGAAGAUCGUAUGUCUUUGACUUGAUUCUUGAGUUAGACGCAUCAAGUUUAGACAUUUGCAUCAUGUGUGUUAGCUCUGAAGAUAAUCACCAAAUUGAUAAUGCAUGUAUGUAUAUAUAUAUUGCAUGUAUGUAUAUAACAAUUUUGCUCUUUUAGACACACAUUUUAUUAUACUCCACCUUGCCAUAUACAUUUGACGACUUUCUAUCCGAUAUUUAAAAUAUUGUAGUAAUAAUACUACUUUGAGUAGUAAAUACUACUGUCAUAAUGACUAAAGUUAGCUUCUCGAUUGCAAAGAAGGUAUAUUAUACAUGUAGAGUGAAGAUCGUAUGUCUUUGACUUGAUUCUUGAGUUAGACGCAUCAAGUUUAGACAUUUGCAUCAUGUGUGUUAGCUCUGAAGAUAAUCACCAAAUUGAUAAUGCAUGUAUGUAUAUAUAUAUAUAUACAGGGUAGGCCAUUUUAAU